GCGGCCAAUGGGCGGGCGGCGGGGGCGGGGCGCGGCGCGCGCCUGCGCGGCGGCGGGGCACGGGGGGGGGGAAGGUUCUGGAGGCCGCCGCCAUCUUAGCGCCGCGUCCGGCCGCCGCCGCCGCCGCCGCCGCGAGCCGAGGAGGGCGGGAAGCGCCCGGGAGCCGCGCCAGCGCCGGGGGGCCGCCCCCCACCGCGGGCCCGACAUGGAGCCGGGGGGCUCCAACCCGCUGCAGGACCCGGCCCAGGCGGACGCCAUGACGUCGGACGACUUCGACAUCGUCAUCGAGGCCAUGCUGGAGGCGCCCUACAAGAAGGAGGAGGCGCAGCCCGGCCCCUCCAAGGUGCCGACCGAGGCCCCCGCGGCGCAGCAGCCGGCGGAGGAGCAGAACAAGGAGGCCAAGAAGGAGAGCGGGAGCAGCAGCGGGAGCAGCAGCAGGAAGAAGAGGAGCCGGAGCCGCAGCCGGAGCCGUGACCACAGACACAGCCGGAGCCGGGACCGGGACAGGGACCGGCGUCGCCGGAGCCGCAGCCGGGAGCGCCGGAGCCGCCACCGCAGCCGCAGCCGGGAGCGCCGGCGGGGCAGCCGGUCCCGCAGCCGGGAGCGCCGGCGGGAGGAGAGAGCCCGGCGCCGCUUCGGCCACAGCAAGAGCCCUCUCUACCGGGAGAAGAGCCCCGUGCGGGAGCCGCUGGGCAGCCUGAGCCCCGAGGAGCGCGACGCCCGCACCGUCUUCUGCAUGCAGCUGGCCGCCCGCAUCCGCCCCCGCGACCUCGAGGACUUCUUCUCCGCCGUGGGCAAGGUGCGGGACGUGCGGAUCAUCUCGGACCGCAACUCGCGGCGCUCCAAGGGCAUCGCCUACGUGGAGUUCUGCGAGAUCCAGUCGGUGCCCCUGGCCAUCGGCCUCACCGGCCAGCGCCUCCUCGGCGUGCCCAUCAUCGUCCAGGCCUCCCAGGCGGAGAAGAACCGGCUGGCGGCCAUGGCCAACAACCUGCAGAAGGGCAGCGGCGGCCCCAUGCGCCUCUACGUCGGCUCCCUCCACUGCAACAUCACCAAGGAGAUGCUGCGCGGCAUCUUCGAGCCCUUCGGCAAGAUCGACAGCAUCGUGCUGAUGCGGGACCCCGACACCGGGCAGUCCAAGGGCUACGGCUUCAUCACGUUCGCCGAGGCCGAGUGCGCCCGCCGGGCCCUGGAGCAGCUCAACGGCUUCGAGCUGGCCGGCCGCCCCAUGCGCGUGGGGCAGGUCACCGAGCGCCUCGACGGCACCACCGACAUCACCUUCCCCGAGGGCAACGAGGAGGCCGAGCUGGCCGGGGCCACCGGGCGCCUCCAGCUCAUGGCCAAGCUGGCCGAAGGUUCGGGGCUGCAGCUGCCCGGCCCGGCCCAGGCCGCCCUCCAGCUCAACGGGGCCCUGCCGCUGGGGGCCCUCAACCCCGCCGCCCUCACCGCCCUGAGCCCGGCGCUGAACCUGGCCUCGCAGACCCUGGCGUCCCAGUGCCUCCAGCUCUCGGGGCUCUUCACCCCCCAGACCAUGUAACGCGGCCCCUCCCUCUCCCCCGGGGGAGGGGAAGCUCCGCCCCCUCCGCCCCGCCCCUCCCGGCUCCGGCCCCGCCCCCCGGCUCCGGCCCCGCCCCCGAGCCGCGCCGGCUCCGCCCCCUGGCGGGGCAGAGCCCCACGGAGGGGGGGAGGGGGGGCAUGGAGGGCGGGGCCCCCCCUCCGCGUGGGGGAGGGGGGAGAGAAGGGGGCGGGGCAACCGCUGGCCCCGCCCCCCUCUCCCUCCCCCCGCCCCCGGCCGCCGGCUCCGAUUUUUUUUCUGGGUUUUUCUCUUUUUUUUUUCGUUUAUUUGGUUUUUUUUUUUUUUUCUUUAUCGGAAAUCGAAUAAAAAACCACAAAAACGGUCGCGAA